AUGAAGCUGCACGUAGGAUUAAUCGUGGUUUGUGCCGCUCUCUACGUCGGCGCAAGUGACCCUAAACCUAGUGAGAGCAAGGAACAAAUCCUUUCGUUUGAAGAUAGGAUGCUCGGAUUCACACUAGAGCUGCUUCUGGCAAAAUUAGAGGCCAUGGAACAGAAAUUACAAGAGAUGCAAAACGAUUUGAACCAACAACGAUCUAGCCAGGAAGAAAAUCGAACGAAAAUAUUUAGCGCCCUCCAGAAACUCGAUCAAGACGUCGCGCUAGUGCUACAAGAUCGCUCUUGCCAUAAUCUCUCGCAACGGACAGUGACUGUUUUGUCGAAGCAGAACCAAUGCGCUGACAAUUCGGCACCACAAAUUAAAACACCAACCCCGAAGCCUCGACAAUCUCCCUUUUCCUCAUGCAAGGAUGUACCAACGGACGUGUCGGGGAUUUAUACGAUCCGUCUAAAUUAUGAUAGUGAACCAUUCAAAGUGUAUUGCGACCAGAAAUCGUUCGGUGGUGGAUGGAACGUGAUCCAGCAUCGUUACGAUGGUUCAUUGGACUUUUACCGUGGCUGGGAUGAGUUCCGCGAUGGAUUCGGUGAUUUAGAUAGAGAGUUUUGGUUAGGUUUGGAGAAAGUGCACCAAAUGACGAAGAGUCAUAAACAUGAAUUGAUAGUCGAAUUGAAAAGCUUUGAUGGAGUGUACAAGUACGCCCGGUAUGAUGACUUCGAAAUAGGUAAUGAAAGAAAAAAAUAUGCCCUGCAGCACAUUGGAUCGUACAGUGGAACUGCAGGUGAUGCAAUGAAAGGUCUCAAGGGGAUGAAGUUCACCACAAAAGAUCGGGAUUAUGAUAGGUACGGUUCAGGCCAAUGUGCUCACUACCAUGAAGGGGCCUGGUGGCACAAGGAUUGUACCUUUACGAAUUUAAACGGACGACACGUGAAUACUGUAGAACGUAAAACCAUGUUUUGGUAUCCAUUUACAAACAAAGAGCAAGGAUUGAGUUUCUCUAGGAUGAUGAUUCGGGGGCUUGAAUAG